AUGGUCCGCUUCGGGGACGAGCUGGGCGGCCGCUAUGGGGGCGCCGGCGGCGGGGAGCGGGCCCGGGGCGGCGGCGGCGGCGGGGCCGGCGGGGCGGGCGGCGUGGGCCCCGGGGGUCUGCCGGCCGGCCAGCGGGUGCUGUACAAGCAGUCGAUCGCGCAGCGCGCGCGGACCAUGGCGCUCUACAACCCCAUCCCGGUCAAGCAGAACUGCUUCACCGUCAACCGCUCGCUCUUCGUCUUCAGCGAGGACAACGUCGUCCGCAAAUACGCCAAGCGCAUCACCGAGUGGCCUCCGUUCGAGUACAUGAUCCUGGCCACCAUCAUCGCCAACUGCAUCGUGCUGGCGCUCGAGCAGCACCUGCCGGACGGCGACAAGACGCCCAUGUCCGAGAGGCUGGAUGACACAGAGCCCUACUUCAUCGGCAUCUUCUGCUUUGAGGCUGGCAUCAAAAUCAUCGCGCUGGGCUUCGUGUUCCACAAGGGCUCCUACCUGCGCAACGGCUGGAACGUCAUGGACUUCGUGGUGGUGCUCACAGGGAUCCUGGCCACUGCGGGCACAGACUUCGACCUGCGGACUCUGCGGGCUGUGCGCGUGCUCCGGCCCCUGAAGCUCGUGUCUGGGAUUCCAAGUCUGCAGGUGGUGCUCAAGUCCAUCAUGAAGGCCAUGGUUCCACUGCUACAGAUUGGCCUGCUUCUCUUCUUCGCCAUCCUUAUGUUCGCCAUCAUUGGCUUGGAGUUCUACAUGGGCAAGUUCCACAAAGCCUGUUUCCCCAAUAGCACAGGACCAGAGAUCAUAGAGCCAGUGGGAGACUUCCCCUGUGGCAGGGAGGCACCUGCCCGGCAAUGUGAGGGUGAUACCGAGUGCCGUGAGUACUGGCGGGGACCCAACUUUGGCAUCACCAACUUCGACAACAUCCUGUUUGCCAUCCUGACGGUGUUCCAGUGCAUAACCAUGGAGGGCUGGACCGACAUCCUGUACAAUACAAAUGAUGCAGCUGGAAAUAUGUGGAACUGGCUCUACUUCAUCCCCCUCAUCAUCAUUGGCUCCUUCUUUAUGCUCAACCUGGUGCUGGGCGUAUUGUCAGGAGAGUUUGCCAAGGAGCGUGAGAGGGUGGAGAACCGAAGGGCCUUCCUGAAGCUGCGCCGGCAGCAGCAGAUAGAGCGGGAGCUCAACGGGUACCUAGAGUGGAUCUUCAAGGCUGAGGAAGUCAUGCUGGCAGAGGAGGACAAAAACGCGGAGGAGAAGUCCCCACUGGACGUGCUGAAGAGGGCGGCCACCAGGAAGAGCCGCAAUGAUCUGAUCCACGCAGAGGAGGGCGAGGACCGCUUCGCAGAUCUCAGUGCAGUUGGGUCCCCGUUCACCCGCGCCAGCCUCAAGAGUGGGAAGACCGAGAGCUCAUCAUACUUCCGUCGCAAGGAGAAAAUGUUCCGCUUCUUCAUCCGGCGCAUGGUCAAGGCACAGAGCUUCUACUGGGUGGUGCUGUGCGUCGUGGCGCUCAACACACUGUGUGUGGCCAUGGUGCACUACCACCAGCCCCAGCGGCUCACCACAGCGCUAUACUUUGCAGAGUUUGUCUUUCUGGGCCUCUUCCUCACUGAGAUGUCCCUGAAGAUGUACGGCCUGGGGCCCCGGUGCUACUUCCGCUCGUCCUUCAACUGCUUCGACUUUGGGGUCAUUGUGGGGAGCAUCUUCGAAGUGGUCUGGGCUGCUGUCAAGCCAGGCACCUCCUUUGGGAUCAGUGUGCUGCGGGCUCUCCGGCUGCUGAGGAUCUUUAAGGUUACCAAGUACUGGAACUCCCUGCGGAACCUGGUGGUGUCUCUGCUUAACUCCAUGAAGUCCAUCAUCAGUCUUCUCUUCUUGCUCUUCCUGUUCAUCGUGGUCUUCGCUCUGCUGGGCAUGCAGCUGUUCGGGGGGCAGUUCAACUUCAAAGAAGAGACUCCCACAACCAACUUUGACACCUUCCCAGCUGCCAUCCUCACUGUCUUCCAGAUCUUGACGGGAGAGGACUGGAACGCUGUCAUGUACCACGGGAUCGAAUCACAGGGAGGCGUCAGCAAAGGCAUGUUCUCGUCCUUCUACUUCAUCGUCCUGACACUGUUUGGAAACUACACUUUGCUGAAUGUCUUCCUGGCCAUCGCUGUGGACAACCUCGCCAAUGCUCAGGAGCUAACCAAGGAUGAAGAGGAGAUGGAGGAAGCAGCCAAUCAGAAGCUUGCUCUGCAGAAGGCCAAGGAAGUGGCUGAAGUCAGCCCCAUGUCUGCAGCCAACAUCUCCAUCGCUGCCAGGCAGCAGAACUCGGCUAAGGCACGCUCGGUGUGGGAGCAGCGGGCCAGCCAGCUGCGGCUGCAGAACCUGCGUGCCAGCUGCGAGGCCCUCUACAGCGAGAUGGACCCCGAGGAAAGGCUGCGCUACGCCACCACGCGCCAUCUGCGCCCCGACAUGAAGACGCAUCUGGAUCGGCCGCUGGUGGUGGAGCCGGGCCGUGGGCCUGCGGGGUGCAAGGCCCGGCCGGAGCCCGUCGAGCCCACGGAGCCCGCUGACCCGCCGCGCAGGCACCACAGGCACCGCGACAAGGACAAGACCCCUGGCCCGGCCCCGGUUGCGCAGGACGGCGGGGCCUCGGGACAGGGCGCCCCGAAACCCGAGGGCGCAGAGCCCGGCGCACGCGAUGAGCGGCCGCGCCCGCACCGCAGCCGCAGCAAGGAGGCCGCAGGCCCGAAGGAGGCCCGCAACGAGCGUGGUGGCCGGCGUCACCACAGGCGCGGCUCCCCGGAGGACACGGCCGAGCGGGAGCCCCGACGCCACCGAGCGCACCGCCACGCUCCAGACGCGACCCGGGAGGCCAAGGAGGACACAGCCAAGGCCGAGCGGCGUGCACGCCACCGAGGCCCGCGGCCCAAUGUCCGGGAGCCCGAGGCUGGCGAAGAACCGAGGCGCCACCGGGCCCGGCACAAGGCGCAGAGCGCACACGAGGACCCUGAAAAAGAGGAGGUGGACAGGGACGCUGAGGCCGAGGACCGGGACAAGGAGAAGGAACUGCGGAACCACCAGCCCAAGGAGCCACACUGCGACCUGGAGGCCAGCAGGGUGCCUGGCCUGGGGUCUGUGCAGGCACUGCCCAGCACCUGUCUGCAGAAGGUGGAGGAACAGCCUGAGACUGCGGACAAUCAGCGGAAUGUCAGCCGCAUGGGCAGCCAGCCCCUGGACCUGAGCACCUCUGUGUACAUCCCGGCAUCACUGGCCAGCCCUGCUGGGGACACCACGGCUGCACCCAGUGGCAACGUGGACGUGGAAAGCCAAGCAGAUGGGAAGAAGGCGGCAGAGGCUGACGAUGGGAUGAGGCGGGGGCCCCGGCCCAUUGUCCCGCACAGCUCCAUGUUCUGCUUAAGUCCCACCAACUUGCUCCGCCGUUUCUGCCAUUACAUCGUGACCAUGCGGUACUUUGAGAUGGUCAUUCUUGUGGUCAUUGCCCUGAGCAGCAUUGCGCUUGCUGCUGAGGACCCCGUGCAGACAGAUUCCUCCAGGAACAAUGUUCUGAAGUACAUGGACUACAUUUUCACAGGCGUCUUUACCUUUGAGAUGGUGAUAAAGAUGAUUGACCUGGGACUACUGCUGCAUCCUGGUGCCUAUUUCCGGGACCUGUGGAACAUUCUGGACUUUAUUGUGGUCAGUGGGGCCCUGGUGGCCUUUGCCUUCUCGAGCGUCAUGGGAGGAUCCAAAGGGAAAGACAUCAACACCAUCAAAUCCCUGAGAGUCCUACGUGUCUUGCGGCCCCUCAAGACCAUCAAGAGGCUGCCUAAGCUCAAGGCCGUGUUUGACUGUGUGGUGAACUCCCUGAAGAAUGUCCUCAAUAUCCUCAUCGUCUACAUGCUCUUCAUGUUCAUAUUUGCUGUCAUUGCUGUGCAGCUCUUCAAGGGGAAGUUCUUCUAUUGCACUGAUGAGUCCAAGGAGCUGGAGAGGGACUGCAGGGGCCAGUAUCUGGAUUAUGAGAAAGAGGAGGUGGAAGCCCAGCCCAGGCAGUGGAAGAAAUAUGACUUCCACUAUGACAACGUCCUCUGGGCUCUGCUGACGCUCUUCACUGUGUCCACAGGAGAAGGCUGGCCCAUGGUGCUGAAGCACUCCGUCGAUGCCACCUAUGAGGAGCAGGGCCCAAGCCCUGGCUUCCGCAUGGAGCUCUCCAUCUUCUAUGUCGUCUACUUCGUGGUCUUCCCCUUCUUCUUUGUCAACAUCUUCGUGGCCCUGAUCAUCAUAACCUUCCAGGAGCAGGGCGACAAGGUGAUGUCUGAGUGCAGCCUGGAGAAGAACGAGAGGGCUUGCAUUGACUUUGCCAUCAGCGCCAAACCCCUGACUCGGUACAUGCCCCAGAACAAGCAGUCCUUCCAGUACAAGACGUGGACCUUUGUGGUCUCACCACCCUUCGAAUACUUCAUCAUGGCCAUGAUCGCUCUCAACACGGUGGUGCUGAUGAUGAAGUUCUACGAUGCGCCGUUUGAGUACGAGCUCAUGCUGAAGUGCCUCAACAUUGUAUUUACCUCCAUGUUCUCCAUGGAGUGUGUGCUGAAGCUCAUCGCCUUCGGGGUGUUGAACUACUUCCGAGAUGCAUGGAAUGUCUUUGACUUCGUCACGGUGUUGGGAAGUAUAACUGAUAUUUUAGUAACAGAGAUUGCGAACAACUUCAUCAACCUUAGCUUCCUUCGCCUCUUCCGGGCAGCGCGGCUCAUCAAGCUGCUCCGGCAGGGCUACACCAUCCGCAUCCUGCUGUGGACUUUUGUCCAGUCCUUCAAGGCCCUGCCCUAUGUGUGCCUGCUCAUCGCCAUGCUCUUCUUCAUCUAUGCCAUCAUAGGCAUGCAGGUCUUCGGAAAUAUUGCUCUGGAUGAUGAAACCAGCAUUAAUCGGCACAACAACUUCCGGACAUUUCUGCAAGCCUUGAUGCUGCUAUUCAGGAGUGCCACUGGGGAGGCCUGGCACGAGAUCAUGCUGUCCUGUCUCAGCAACCGGGCCUGUGAUAAGCAUGCCAGCGCCAGUGAGUGUGGGAGCGACUUUGCCUACUUUUACUUCGUCUCCUUCAUCUUCCUUUGCUCCUUUCUGAUGUUGAACCUCUUUGUGGCUGUGAUCAUGGACAAUUUUGAGUACCUCACGCGGGACUCUUCCAUCCUAGGGCCUCACCACCUGGACGAGUUCAUCCGGGUCUGGGCUGAGUACGACCCGGCUGCGUGUGGGCGCAUCAGUUACAAUGACAUGUUUGAGAUGCUGAAGCACAUGUCCCCGCCCCUGGGGCUGGGGAAGAAGUGCCCCGCGCGUGUCGCCUACAAGCGCCUGGUUCGCAUGAACAUGCCCAUCUCCAAUGAGGACAUGACUGUCCACUUCACGUCCACGCUGAUGGCCCUCAUUAGGACUGCGCUGGAGAUCAAGCUGGCUCCAGCGGGCACAAAGCAGCAUCAGUGUGAUGCAGAGCUGAGGAAGGAGAUCGCCUCUGUGUGGGCCAAUCUACCCCAGAAGACCCUGGACCUACUGGUGCCACCUCACAAACCGGAUGAGAUGACAGUGGGAAAGGUCUACGCAGCUCUCAUGAUCUUUGACUUCUACAAACAAAACAAAACCACCAGAGACCAGAGUCACCAGGCUCCUGGAGGGCUGUCCCAGAUGGGCCCUGUGUCCCUGUUCCACCCUCUGAAGGCGACCCUGGAGCAGACACAGCCUGCAGUGCUCCGAGGAGCCCGGGUUUUCCUGCGACAGAAGAGCUCGGCCUCUCUCAGCAAUGGCGGAGCAGUACAGACCCAAGAGAGUGGCCUCAAAGAAUCUGUUUCCUGGGGCACCCAGAGGACCCAGGAGGUACCCUAUGAGACCAAGACACCCCUGGAGCGUGGCCACUCGACUGAGAUCCCCUUGGCACAGCCAGGAAAGCCGGCUGUGGAUGUGCAGAUGCAGAGCGUGACCCUUCGAGGCUCUGAUGCGGAACCUCAUCCAGGACUGGAAAGCCAGGGCCGGGCAGCAUCUAUGCCUCGCCUGGCCGCUGAGACGCAGCCAGCCCCAGAUUCCAGCCCCAUGAAGCGGUCCAUCUCCACACUGGCGCCCCAGCGAUCUCACGUGACUCACCUCUGCAACACUCCCCUGGACCGUGUUCCAGCAAGCCAGCCAGCUCCCCACCACCACCACCGCUGCCAUCGCCGCAGGGACAGGAAACAGAAGUCUCUGGAGAAGGGGCCCAGCCUGUGUGCAGAAAAUGAUGGGGCACCCAGCAGUGCAGUGGGUCCAGGGCCACCUCCGGGAGAGGGCUCCACAGGCUGCCGGAGGGAGCGCAGGCAGGAGCGUGGCCGGUCACAAGAGCGCAGGCAACCCUCAUCAUCUUCCUCGGAGAAGCAACGCUUCUAUUCCUGUGAUCGUUUUGGGGGCCGAGAGCCCCCACAGCCCAAGCCUUCACUCAGCAGCCACCCCACGUCUCCCACAGCCGGGCAGGAGCCAGGACCUCCCAGACAGGGUUGUGGUUCUGUCAAUGGGAGCUCUCUGUUGCCAACUUCUGGUGCUAGCACCCCAGGCCGCGGUGGGAGGAGACAGCUUCCUCAGACCCCCUUGACUCCCCGUCCCAGCAUCACCUACAAGACGGCCAACUCCUCGCCUGUCCACUUCACGGGGGCUCAGAGCAGCCUUCCGGCCUUCUCUCCUGGCCGGCUCAGCCGCGGCCUUUCUGAACACAAUGCCCUGCUCCAGAGAGAGCCCCUCGGCCAGCCCCUGGCACCCAGCUCUCGGAUUGGCUCCGACCCUUACCUGGGGCAGCGUUUGGACAGUGAAGCAACUGCCCGCCCCCAGCCUGAGGACACUCUCACCUUUGAGGAGGCCAUGGCCACUAACUCAGGCCGCUCCUCUCGGACUUCCUACGUGUCUUCCCUUACCUCGCAGUCCCACCCUCUCCGCCGCGUGCCCAACGGUUACCACUGCACCCUGGGACUCAGCUCGGGUGGGCGGGCGCGACACAGUUACCACCACCCUGACCAAGACCACUGGUGCUAGCUGCACUGCUCAGUGGCACAUUCCAGUGGAUGAGUUUUAUCAUCCGGGCUGCUCAAGGGGUGCCAUGGCCAGAGCUGCAGGCCCCCGGCCCGGGCAAGAGGCCCCUCUGCUCCUCUUUGUUCUUGGCACUGGCGGAGGGGUGUGGCCUACACCCAGAUGCUGCCUCCCUGAGUUGCAUCUGCAGGCCCUCCCUGGGAAGCAGCUGUGUGCUGAGGAGCACGGGUGAGUCCUGGUGUGUCACAGAACCUUUCUGUGAGGUUCAAAUCUUGCAGGGACAGCCUCUGUCCAGGCAUGCAGCCAGAAUGCCAGGGUGAGCCACAGGACGGAGCUGAAGGUGAAUCGGGCUUUGGCUUUGUGCAAGGCACAUCAAUGUCCACAUCACACACUCCCAGCCUUGCUCUGUGCACCUUAAAACAGCAAACGGAGGGGAGAAACACAGCCGCGUGUUCUUUGUCUUCUCCCAGAUACUGUCCACCCCGAGGGGACCAAAUCCGAAAAACACUUUUGUUGCUGGUUUAGGGUUUUAAUCGCAACACCAUUCCCUCUUUUGUCAAUUCUGUAUACUUGAUCUAGGAAAACAGGAAGGAUCAGUUACACCACUUCAAAGACCAAACCUGUUUCGACAUCUCAACUUUCUAUGGUGUGUUUUUGUGGCUUGUGUUAGGAGAUGCUCUUGUGUCCAUUCCAGGGGCAACCCCUGGCUCCCGCUGCUCUUGACCAAGUGCCUGACCUCCAGGCUUGCGCCAGGCUCCUGGGGGCGGUGACAUGAGGCCUGUGUCACCACUGCGGGUGGAUGUGUGGGGAAUCAUCCAAAUAGCAACCCUGUAGGAAGCUGCUGUCCAUGGGGUCCCCGUUGGAUCACCUCCAGGAGGCCAGUUGUCAUUGGAAUGGGGUGCUAAUUUCCCUCUUCCUCCCCAGAGGGGGGCUUCCGGAAGCAAAGUUUGCUUGUGGGGCCAUUUCAGUCUGUUCACAUCGAUUCUCAGGGACGGGAUGCCAGCCAGGCAAGCCGGGCAUCGGCCCAGUCUCUAGAACUGAGGGAGCAGCAGUGGGAGGAGGGGGUGGGCAGGAGGAGCCCGUGUCCUGGUGAGGUGAUGGGCACAGGAGAGCCUGCUCCAGCAGCUGCAGGGGCCUCUGGCACACGCCAUCAGCAGAAAGGAAACCCACCUCCUUGGCCUUGGUGUCCAGGAUUCAAGGCGGGGCUUUGCUUCCUGAGGCAAGGCAGCAUUUGGACAAAUGGGUUGUGGCAUGUUCUCAUGCCUGGGUGCAGAGGUUUCCUUGAUGGGGCAAGUGUUUCCUGGCUCCAUGACCCUCUGUAGAGGAGCUUAGACUGUGUGUGUGUUUGUGUGUGUGUGUGUGUGUGUGUGUGUGUAUGUGUGUGCACAUCUGUGUGGAGGUGUGUCGCAGGAGUGGAUGCUGUCACCCCUUAGGGCUAUGCAACAAAGACACGUGUCACAGAACACAGCCAGACCGCCACCAGGUGUCGGCUCAGCAUGACCGUGACCAAACUUUUAUAGAAUCUCCUUACUGGAAGGCACAACACUCUGAAACUCCACGAUGACAGAGUACUUCACUCCGUAGGUUACUCAGCUGUGCAUGUGCCCUUGUGCCCCGUGCAGAAGGGCGUGUAUCUCAACACUGAUGUCUGUCUCUGAUCCCCACCCCACCCCACCCCAGCCCGUGUUCUCUUGAAUGUAUUCAUUCUGUGCAGAAUCAAUCGCAGCCGCUUCCCCGGGCCUGCCUGUUGGGUGAGAACCCAGGGCGGCACUGUCUCUUCUGGAUUUUUCUAGACAAUUCCUCUGGAACUGGUGAUGGUGACAGGUUGGGGAGGCGAUGCCAUCUUGCUUUCCUGACUUUGGGUUUUAUUUCUGUACUGUCUCUUCUCAGCUCUUGUUUUCCCCCUGAAAUUUCAUAGUGAGUUGCCAAAUUUGAAGUGCAUCAACCACAAUUGUCUGCAUCUGGAACCAGUCAAGCAGUGGCUAUAGUUUGAACUAAUUAUGUGUGCAUGUAAAAUAUAUACAUAUAUACAUAUAUCCAAGUAUGUGCAUGAACAUGUAUAUCUUCGUACUUUUUGAUACGAUGUAUUCAUUUGUUAAUUUUUAAUUAUAUUUGAUAUAAAUCAAAGGUUUGUUGCAAAACUUUAUAUUUAAGUACAGUGUUAAAAAAAAAAAAAACAACAAAAAGGGAAGUCUCGACCAUGCGACAAAAACGGGGCUGGCUUCCAAAAAAAUCUGUGAUUGACUAGUUUGCUGCCUGAACAACAUUUAUCAGCCAAACUUUGGAUUCUGCUGUUGUUUCUACAAUGACAUUUUGUAUGAAGCAAAGUCCUUGGAUUAAAAUAAAACUUAGCAAAAAAUCAAAGCCCAA